AAUUUACACUCUACUCCCAAGGAGUAGAAAGAAAUAUAGGGACACAGAAAACAGAAAUAGGCAGAGAGAGAGAGCACACACAAAAAAAUCAAAAGAAUAUUCAUAAUUGGAAUACUAAAAGUCUAAGAAAGAAACUUUGGACAGCUAACAGAACAUGAUAAUAAUUGAAGGAGGUCAAGCGAACAACUAACUUUAGGAGUAGGCAAAGACCUAUAUAUAGACCUUAAGGCUACUAAUUCAAGGAUCAUUUAAGAAAAAGCCAAAAAGAAAGAUUUCAACAAGAAUAAAUUAGGGUGGAAAACUUCAGAAAACAGGACUAUAAGGGAUAAGAGGAUAUUCCAGAGGACUUAUUUUGUGGUGAUGGAAGAGGUACUGAGUUACGAAGAAGCCGUUAAGAGAGCAGGUGAUUCUAUUUAUCGGUUUCCUCUAAUAGAUGUACAGGGUGUCCCUCUCAUGAGCACCGUUGCAGACAACUGGAAAUCAAUCAGUGAAUUCUGUCCCGACCCAUCAGACCUACUCAUCUCUACUUAUCCUAAAGUAGGCACAACCUGGACUCAAGAGAUAGUGGAUCUUCUGCUGCACAAUGGAGAUGCUGAGGUGUGCAAGAGAGCGCCGAUAGCUGUCCGUAUACCAUUUCUGGAAAAAUUCUCUGCUCCACCUAUACCAUCAGGGCUUGACUUACUUAGACAGAUGAAACCACAGAGAGUAAUCAAGACUCACUUACCCAUUGAACUAGUGCCUAAAGGAUUCUGGGAAAAUAAAUGCAAGGUCAUCUAUACAGCCCGAAAUGCUAAGGAUAAUCUUGUAAGCUACUUCCACUUUGAACGUAUGAAUCUUACCCAGCCAGAGCCAGGACCUUGGGAUGGAUACAUUCACAAGUUCAUGAAGGGGGAAUGUGAGAAAAAACGUCUCGUAUGUUGGGGCUCUUGGUAUGACCAUGUCAAAGGUUACUGGAAGGAAUGCAAGGAAAAGAAUAUUCUCUACCUGCUCUAUGAGGACAUGAAGGAGAAUCCUGUUAGGGAGAUUAAAAGAAUCAUGCACUAUCUGGACCUGCCUGUUUCUGAGGAUAUCAUAGAAAGGAUUGCACAGUUGACAUCCUUCCAAGUCAUGAAAGACAAUCCAAUGGCUAACUACUCAUUCAUGCCAAAACCUGUGUUUGAUCAGUCUAUUUCUCCCUUCAUGAGAAAAGGAGAGGUCGGUGACUGGGUUAACCAUUUCACCCCAGCUCAAUCCAAGAUGUUUGAUGAAGACUACGCAAUCCAAAUGAAAGACACAAACAUUCCUUUCCGCUUUAGCAUCCAUUAAUAAUUUAUGCAACAUUACAUAUAAUAUCACAUUCACAUGCUAUUCAACUAAUGUCUUAUAAUUACAAAUGUAUUACAUAUAUACAUAUUUAGAGCAAGUAAAAUGUCAGCAUUUCUAAAAAAGUUUAGACCUAUAUCAGAUUUAGAGCAAUAUGCUUUCAGGCUCAGGUACUUAAAUGUUAAUUUAUAGCUUGAUUAAUUUACAGUUAGGGACUGAGUAAUGGAGGACAUGAUGGUGUGUCCAAUUUAAGGUUUUUUAGAUUUUCUUUAUAACCAUUUUUUAAAUGUUGAUAUUAUAUUGCAGAUACUCUGUAUUAUCUAAUAUGUAAUGUUUUAAAUUUGCACAAACCAAACUAAUACCAUAAAACUUCACAUAUAAUCAAAUCCAUUAAUGUUUGUUAUGUUAUUUUCCUCUCUGAAAAUGAUAUUGCGUUUUGGAGGAUGAUGACCUCCAUGGCUUUUGUUAUUUUAAGGCAUAGUUCACUCAAAAAUAAAAAUUCUUUCAUUACUUA